AUGCUCAUGCUCAUCUCGGAAGAAGAGAAGAAGAAAAAAGAGCUGGAGUUAUUUGAGAGCAGAAGAAAAGCAAAGGGAGAAAAAAAAAAGUUGAAGAGGAAAAAAAAAAGCGAGCGGAGGCGUGAACUACGACGAAGAGAGAGAGAGAGAGAGACGGACAGAGAGAAAGGAAGAGAGGAGAGAAAAGAAGAAAAGGGCAAUCGGCCGCAAGAACAGGUACCAGUUUACGCGGCAGAAGAGGAAGAAGAGGAGGAGAAGAAGAAGAAGAAGAAGAAGAAGACUGAAGACGGCGAGAUGGCGAGAAGCAAGGUACCACACAGGGCCGAACAGAAGGCCGGCGGAACAAAGGCAGCAAAUUAG